UACUUUAAGAACAGGAAGUACAACCCCACAGUGCUUCUGCAGGAGAUCAUGUCCCGCCUCUUCCCCCUGCAGCUGGCUGAGAGGAAGCAGGUCCACGAGACUGAGAUGGCCGAACUCUCCAAGUGAGUCCUGUCGCUGGCGCACUGUAACUAGGGGUAAACGGGGAUCGAUUGCGAACCCUCCCGGUUUGUUCUAGAAUCUCCCAGAACUGUAGCCUAGCACGCAAACUGAUUUCUAUACGUUUCAAAUCAAAUCAAAUUUUAUUGGUCACAAUAAAGUGAGAGUAGGGAGGCUAUAUAUACAGGGGGGUACCGUUGCAGAGUCAAUGUGCGGGGGCACCGGCUAGUUGAGGUAGUUGAGGUAAUAUGUACAUGUGGGUAGAGUUAAAGUGACUAUGCAUAAAUAAUUAACAGAGUAGCAGCAGCGUAAAAAGGAUGGGGUGGGGGGGCAGUGCAAAUAGUCCGGGUAGCCAUGAUUAGCUGUUCAGGAGUCUUAUAGCUUGGGGGUAGAAGCUGUUAAGAAGUCUUUUGGACCUAGACUUGGCACUCCGGUACAGCUUGCCGUGCGGUAGCAUAGAGAACAGUCUAUGACUAGGGUGGCUGGAGUCUUUGACAAUUUUGAGGGCCUUCCUCUGACACCGCCUGGUAUAGAGGUCCUGGAUGGCAGGAAGCUUGGCCCCAGUGAUAUACUGGGCCGUACGCACUACCCUCUGUAGUGCCUUGCGGUCGGAGGCCAAGCAGUUGCCAUACCAGGCGGUGAUGCAACCAGUCAGGAUGCUCUCGAUGGUGCAGCUGUAGAAUUUUUUGAGGAUCUGAGGACCCAUGCCAAAUCUUUUCAGUCUCCUGAGGGGGAAUAGGCUUUGUCGUGCUCUCUUCACGACGGUCUUGGUGUGUUUGGACCAUGAUAGUUCGUUGGUGAUGUGGACACCAAGGAACUUGAAGCUCUCAACCUGUUCCACUACAGCCCCGUCGAUGAGAAUGGGGGCGUGCUCAGUCCUCUUUUUUUUCCUGUAGUCCACAAUCAUCUCCUUUGUCUUGGUCACGUUGAGGGAGAGGUUGUUCCCAUUUGUGAGUGCAGCGUUCAGUCUGGUUUAACCAGGCUAUGAAAAUUGGCCCUUACCUGUAAAACGAGCUUUGGAACUAUUUCUUAAUGCCUGAAUGAAAUGAGAGACUGAAACACGAAAAUGUUGAUGGACAACUCACCCUAAGCUCGCCAGAAUGAGCUUGGGGCGAGUUGGCAAACCUAAUGGUAACUGUGGCAACAGGCAUCAGGCUCCUUAUACAGUAGAGAGUAGACAUUGUGACCGUGAGGUCAUUGGCAAGGCACCGCACACAGCAACAACACCAGCUGCUGGAGAACAGCAACACACCUCCUUAACGCCACUGUUACCCUGAUGAUGAUCUCUCCCUUCUCAGAGAACCCGAGAAGCCACCCCCGAAUGAGGAGACGGAGAGAGUAGCGCAUACAAAGAAGAGACAAGCAGGAGCGAGAGAGGCGAGGGUAUAGCUCAGAAGAGAGAGGAGAUCGUCGAGAGUCGAGGGACUGAGAGAGAGCACGACGCCAGCUGCGCCUGAAGUCUCCUCUCUCCUGCUCGUCACUCUCUCCAUCUCUCUCUCAUCUCUCUCUCUCUCGUCUCGCUGCUCUCUCCUCUCCUCGGCUCUCUCUCUCAUCUUCUACUAUAAGGAAUCCCUAUCUUUGUGUGUUCGGUGCAUACCGGCGGGUGCCCGUCCUUCCCAUCUUCGAGCCUCGCUACCGCCUUAUGAUGAGACGAUGCAUGGAGACGGGCACCAAGAAGUUUGGCAUGUGCAGCUACGAACAUGGAAAAGGGUGGGUCGUGGAUGUAUACAAUCUGAAAAUACUGGUAUGAAAAUGAACCCUGUGUGUGUCUGACUCUGUUUCCCUUUUUACAACUACUGUGCUGAGUCACACUGAGCUGAGUCACACUGAGCUGAGUCACACUGUUGUGGGGAUCUGAUUGUCUUUCACAUGACCCUUUCAGCAUGGUUCCAACAACUCUGUGUGUGUGUCUGACUCUGUGUGUGUGUCUGACUCUGUGUGUGUGUCUGACUCUGUGUGUGUGUCUGAGUCUGUGUGUGUGUCUGACUCUGUGUGUGUGUCUGACUCGGUGUGUGUCUGACUCGGUGUGUGUGUCUGACUCGGUGUGUGUGUCUGACUCGGUGUGUGUGUCUGACUCUGUGUGUGUGUCUGACUCGGUGUGUGUCCCUGACUCGGGUGGUGGUUGAACUCGGGUGUUGGUGUCUGACUCGGUCUGUGUCUGACUCGGUGUGUGUCUGACUCGUGUGUGUGUCUGACUCGGUGUGUGGUCUGACUCGGUGUGUGUGUCUGACUCGGUGUGUGUCUGACUCGGUCUGUGUCUGACUCGGUGUGUGUCUGACUCGGUGUGUGUGUCUGACUCGGUGUGUGUGUCUGACUCGGUGUGUGUGUCUGACUCGGUGUGUGUGUCUGACUCGGUGUGUGUGUCUGACUGUGUGUGUGUCUGACUGUGUGUGUGUGUCUGACUGUGUGUGUGUGUCUGACUGUGUGUGUGUCUGACUGUGUGUGUGUCUGACUGUGUGUGUGUCUGACUGUGUGUGUGUGUCUGACUUGGUGUGUGUCUGACUCGGUGUGUGUCUGACUUUGUGUGUGUGUGUCUGACUGUGUGUGUGUCUGACUCGGUGGUGUCUGACUCGGUGUGUGUCUGACUCGGUGUGUGUCUGACUCGGUGUGUGUGUGUAUCCUCCAGAUUUGCAGACUAUGGCUGUAUGCUGGAGAUUCAUAGCCUAGAGGUGUUGCCUGAUGGUCGCUCCUAUGUGGACUGUGUGGGAGGAAGUCGCUUCAGGGUCCUAAAGAGAGGACAGAGAGAUGGAUACCAAACCGCUGAUAUAGAGUACAUGGAGGACCACAAGGUACACACACACACACUGAAGAGAGCUGGAUACCACACCGCUGAUAUAGAAUACAUGGAGGACCACAUGGUAAGUUACCAAAGGUUGUUCUAACCUAAUCCUGGCCCUGGAUGUCCCCUGUGAAUGCAGUUUUUUGGUUCAAUUUACCACUCCUUGGGAAGGUUACAAAUGCUAUUUUAUUAGCUAGUCCUUCAGUGAGUGUUCCGCUGGUACUUUGCCUGUUUCCAAGCAACAGUUUGUAAAGGCAAUGUUCAGCACUCUAGUGGAUAUACCUUAGGAGGGCAUGGGAGAGAGAGGGAGAGAGUGGGAGAGAGAGAGGGAGAGAGGGAGGGAGGGGGAGGCAGAGGGAGAGAGAGGGAGGGAGAGAGGGAGGGAGAGAGAGAGGGAGAGUGAGAGAAUUAGACACUAGAUGAGUUCUGGUCUGGAAGUGAUAGGUGAUAGGCAAGGUCUGUGUGUGUGAGAGAGGAAUCAAAGAAAGACUAAAGAGAGAGUUUGUUUCUAUAUUUAAAGGUUUGAACAGAAUCAAUUGUACUGUAUGUAUUUUUCAUUGAGAAUAUCCUCCUAUGUUCUUAGGCUGAGGGGUCAGAGUUCGAGCUGUUGCAGAGCCUCCAUGACAGUGUGUAUGAGCAGGCCCAGGACUGGUACACACGCCUCACCACACGCAUCAGAGAACAGAUCAGCAGACAGUAUGGAACCAUGCCUGACAAGGACGACAACAUACAGGUACACACACACACACACAGACAGACCUUGCUCUAUCACCUACCACUUCCAGACCAGUACAUAUCUAAUGUCUAAUAUCAUCUAUAUCUCCCCAUCGCUCUCUCUCCUUUCUCACCCUGUCUCUCUCUCUCCCUUCUCUCUUCCUUCUCUCCCUUCUCUCUUCCUUCUCUCUCUCCCUGUCUCUCUCCCCUGUCUCUCUCUCUCCUUACUCCUCUCUCCUCUCCCUGUCUCUCUCUCUCCUUCUCCUCUCUCCUGUCUCUCUCCCUUCUCUCUCCGUCUCUCUCCCUGUCUCUCCCGGUCUCUUUCUCUCCCCGUCUCUCUCCCCUCUCUCUCCGUCUCUCUCCCUGUCUCUCCCGGUCUCUUUCUCUCCCUGUCUCUUUCCCUUCUCUCUCCGUCUCUCUCCCUUCUCUCUCCUUGUCUCUCUCUCUCCCUGUCUCCCUGUCUCUCUCUCUCACUGUCUCUCUCCCUUCUCUCUCUCUCCCUGUCUCUCCCUCUUCCUUCUCUCUCUCUCCCUUCUCUCUCCUUUCUCUCCCUGUCUCUCUCCCUCAGGCCUCCAACAAUGGUCCAGCGUGGUGUUGGUGGUUGUUGUCAGUUCUCCAGCUGGACCCUGCCUACCAGACCACUGUCCUGUCUCUGCCCUCCCUCAAGGACCGCCUGGGACACCUGCGCAUCGUUCUGGAGUACUUCUCCCAGAGCUAG